CCCACAUCCACACCAUUGUCCUUCAAAAAUCUGAUAAAAACAAAGUAUUCCACUUAGGUAAACUUGAAGAUUAUCGCAAAAAAUCAGAAGAAUAUAUGAAUAAAACAAAGGCCUACAAAUGUUUAGGUACUGAAGAUCCAUUACCUGAUCUGAUUCGUCGUACCACUAAAUAUCUAUUAGAUUUACGACUAGCCAAGUGGAUUACCCAAAAACAAUAUGAAAAAUUAUGUAUUAAUCCAAAUGAAGUUGAACUGGCUCAUUUAUAUUAUUUACCUAAGGCACAUAAGCCUGGUACUCCUCUUCGUCCAAUUAUAUCUGGUCUUAAACAUCCUACAAUUAAAAUGUCAAAAUUUCUCGACGAAUUACUUAGACCUUUAUUUGAUAAAAUGGCUUCAAAUACAACUGUAACUUCUGGCUUUGAACUAGUAAAACAGUUACAAGAAUGGUCGAGAAAUAAUAUGUGUCAAGAAACUUUAUUUUGUACAAUUGAUGUUGCAGACCUUCAUACAAUGGUUCCACAGACAGAAGGAGUACUGUCAUUAAAGAAAAUGCAAAUAGUUAAACAAAUUAGCAAUAGUGGUGGAUUAUAUUUUCGAUAUAUUGAUGAUAUAUUCUUAACAAUAAAUUGGCCUGCUCGACAUUUAUUGAAACAAAUCAACAGAUGGAAUCAUUUUGAUGAAAAUAUCAAAUUAUCAGAAAAUAUAGGUUCAACAGCUGAUUUUCUUGAUUUACAUGUAGAAAAUCGGAAUGGUCAAUUAGUUACUACAUUUUAUCAAAAGCCAUCCUAUGAACCAUAUUAUUUACCGUUCAAUAGCAUUCAUCCACUGCACAUGAAAAAGAAUAUAAUAUUUACUAUGUCACUUCGUACUAUUAGGUAUUGUUCAACAUUCCAAGAUUAUUUGAAUGAACGGGAAAAAUUAAGAAUGGCACUUUUAUUAAAUAAAUAUCCGAAUAAAUUUAUAGAUGAACAAUUUAAUAAUAUAUUGUCGAAAUUGGAUAUUAUUCAACCAUUAACUGAUAAUAAUUAUACUGAGUAUCGUCAAAGAGUUAUAGAUUCCCCAAUAAAAGAAAAAGUACCAGUUGAUUAUGGAAAGACAAUAUUCGUACACUUUACAUAUUGUUCAAGUAUGAGAAUAUUUCCAAGAAAAUUUCAUACUCUUUGGAAUAAAUAUUUUUGCGAAUCUCCAAUCAAUGAAGUCUUACCUGUUCUUGGUACACGUAAUGUUAAGAAUCUACAACGACAAUUGAUUUAUACGAAAUAA